GUCGCGACGUAUUUCGUCCGCGUCGUCUGCCCAAUUCUGUUCGAAAACGUCGGUGAUCAUUUGGGCCAAGAGCUACGAUGCGUGCUCGAGAAGAGAAAUACGAACGCCUUCCGGAUUGGGAACAUAGACGACCCUUCUACACGAAGAAGCCCAUAUAAAUGUGCAUCGACCUCGGGAAUGCCGAUGUAGGUGUGCAUUGUGGCUCCUUGAUCGCCUCCGAGGACUCUGCACUCUAAGCCGGGAAUCAUGCGGGUUUUCUUCAGCGUUCUGGCCGUGUUCGUCACUAGCAUACAAGCCGUGUCUUCUAUCCUUGGCCUCGAGAAUGCGAAAGCAAUACCGGGCAGCUACAUCGUCGUGCUGAAGAAGGGACUCUCGAGCACUGCAAUUUCGUCGCAUCUUAGCUGGGCGGAUGGCAUCCUGAACACGAGUGACGAUGGCGCAACACCGAAAACUUUCGACGUGAAUGGAUUCAGGGGUUACACCAUCCGGACAACGAAAAGCGUGGCUUCUAUGCUAGCGGAGAGUGAUCAGAUCGAUUAUAUUGAGGCUGAUCAGACGAUCACAAUUGCUGCUCCAGUUCCCUCAGAGCCGCAAAAGCUCUCAGCCCGCGACGUGCAGACCGGUGCACCAUGGGGCUUAGGGCGCAUCUCCCACAGGACGAAAGGUAGCACCGACUAUGCCUUUAGCCCAAGUACCGGCACAUACGUCUACGUCAUCGAUACGGGAGUGAGGAUAACGCACCAGCUGUUUCAAGGACGGGCUUCACACGGGUUCAAUGCGGUUGGGGGCUCGAAUGAUGACCUGAACGGGCACGGAACCCAUGUUGCUGGUAUCGCGUCCAGCCAGACAUAUGGGGUAGCGCGCUUCGCGAACAUCAUUUCGGUGAAGGCUCUGGAUGAUUCGGGUUCAACGUCAAUUUCUGUGCUCAUUUCGGGCAUCAACUGGGCGGUCCAAGACAUGCAGAGCAAAGGACGAGUGGGCCGUGCAACCGCCGUCCUAGCAGUCGGAGGCAGCUACAGCGCUACUCUCAAUCAAGCCGUCGCAAGCGGAUCCAACGCAGGCCUCUUCUUUGCCGUAGUAGCAGGAAAUUCGAACACAGACGCAGGGGGCUAUUCCCCAGCCUCCGAGCCUAAAGCUUGCACGGUCGGGGGCACGACGAUGGACGAUGCGAAGAUGUCCACGUCGAAUUACGGUCCUCUCAUUGAUAUUUUUGCCCCUGGGUGGCAGAUCCCUUCGCUGUGGAUCACAAGUGACACUAGCACAGCUGUCCUAUCGGGAACCUCAAUGGCAGCGGCGCAUAUUGCCGGCUUGGGAGCUUACUUCCUGGCGCUUGAAGGUCCUCGAGGGGCUGUGGAGCUGUGCGAGAGGCUGAGAGAGGUUGCGACCUCGAAUGCGCUUUCGGGCGUUCCAACGGGGACCGCGAAUCUGCUGGCGUAUAAUCUCAGCGGGCUCUGAGAGCAGUGCCAUAUGAGUCUCUGUUGCUUCCGAAGACUGCUUUGCUGGAGUUCCGGACAAGUUUACUGAAUACGUCCCGUUCACAGCGCGGAUAUCGCUACGUCAUCGUCGGCCACUCUUUUCUCGUAGCGCUCCUCUUAGUUUUAUUUUUGCCCGCAACAGCC